GUAAUUUAGACCUCCUUCGAUAAAUAUGCAAGGCUUCCCACAGCUCGCAGCAUCCAACGAGCCUGUGACAGCACACUGAAGUCCGCCUCGCCGUGCCUCCUCCUCCUACAAUGCGCACAGUAUACAAGUUUGCUUCCACACGGAACUCCUAGCUAUGCGCCAGAUCGUGUUGAAUCCCCGAGACCCAUCGCACGCCCACAGCUGGCUCACCGACACCACUAUAUACACGACUCGGAUGAAGGGCUAGGAAGCCUUGAAAGCCAGGAUAGUAGUCGAGAUUCAAAAACCCAGCGUCCCUUACGGCACUUGUGGAAAACGCCUUUCAGGAUGAGUAUUUUUUCCGACAAACGGUCAAGAAUCAAAGACAAUCGGGACGACAGGAUAGUCAAGAAAAGAAUAGAUCGAUACCCCGAAGGUUACCCUCGAAUAUCCGCCUACAUUGACAGCGACUAUGAUACGGCCUUAUUUCGACGAUUCGGCACGCUUCACGCUCGAAGCCUCCUUUACAAACAAGUCGAGCUUACCGAGCUUGAAGCACAACUGGACAAACUUGACAAGGAAGAUGCAGGGCAUCUUGACAAGGAAGAGCAGCAGCGACUUGACACUGGCGCAGGCAACAAUAAAUGGCGCUUGGGGCAUUCCAUAUCGCUCGCUGGUGGGAAAGAGAACGAGAAGCGGAGAGAUCUGAUGAAGAAAAUUGAUGAGAAGAUGGAAGAAUACGACAAACUUGUUCUACGCGAAGCUGCGCUUCGAAAACUGUCUCGACCUUCGAAACGAGUGUACAGGAACUUCAUGGACUUCAUGUACACAGAGCAUCCUUUUAGUGAUUCCGACGAGCGCUUCGUGUAUCAUGAGCAGGACUUCGUCUCUCUGGGUGAGUACGAGGGCAAUUGGUUAGAUGAGUUAAUGCACCGCCUUGUGAAUAAUUGGGUUCUUAGGACCAUCUUCGUCUCUGAGGACGAGCAAGCUAAGACUAGAGACCCCUAUGUCCGCUACUAUUCGGCAGACCGCCUUAACAUCUUGAUCAAAGUCAUGAUUGCAGUAACCUCGACGGCAUUACUGCUGAUCCCCAUCUACAUCUUCCUCUCCUGUACCGUGUCGACGAAGUUGAUGGCAGCUAUCACUCUCAUCUUCGCUUUACUUUUGGCCACAGCGGUCUCAAUAUUCACUAGCGCAAAUAGGCAAGAAGUCUUCGCAGUAACGGCUGCGUAUUGCGCAGUGCUGGUCGUAUUCAUAGGAAACAUCCAGCAAACGGCAACAUUGCAUUCCUGAUGGCCGAUUGCUUGGUGUCCUAUGAACACACUGACCCUUGAACCCUAUCAACGUCGAACCUACCAGAUUGCCAAUAUGCCCUUCGCUCUUCUGUAUAUUCACCUUGGUGCUUUCUACUGGUUGUGUUGGAGAGUUUCUUGCUGUAUAUAUUACUGGACAACUGGACUACCAAGUAUGUUCUGGAGCCGUUUUUUUUAGCUUGAGCACGACAGAAAAGCUGGGCAUUGUAUGAAAAAUCAGAAUGUAUCAUGCACGGGGAAUAAUGGAUAUUCAGGUUUGGGCCAUGCAUAUGGAGUUUUGGGUGGAAAUCUUUGACUUCGAAUACCCUGAUCGUUACAUCGCUCACGUGACUCUUCGAGUCCCUCCGGGCUAACGGAUCGGACUUUCCUAUGUUUGUAUUUGUUUUUAGCGUCCUGGAAGUAGCAAUACCUAAUAUCUAAUUAUUCAUAACGAUAGGCCCC